AUGAACCCGGGGAACCCUCCACCGUAUUCGGGCCCUGGCCCGACGGCCCCGUACCCACCAUAUCCACAACCACCAAUGGGCCCUGAGGCCUACCCUCCAGGACCUAUGGGAGGGCCUUACCCGCCUCCUCAGGGGUACCCCUACCAAGGAUACCCACAGUAUGGCUGGCAAGGCGGGCCUCAGGAGCCUCCUAAAACCACAGUGUACGUGGUAGAAGACCAAAGAAGGGAUGACCUGGGCGCAUCCUCCUGCCUCACAGCGUGCUGGACUGCUCUCUGCUGUUGCUGUCUCUGGGACAUGCUCACCUGA